AUGGAUACAACCAAUGGCGGUGGGAACUGUAACGUUCGGGGCCUUGGGGGAAGUCUCAUUCGGCUGUUGGAACUUUACCCUGUUAAGCAAGUAGCUGCCGAUGAGGGAACCACGGAAACGGAGCAGGGUAUGAGCAAAGAAGAAGUUAACUCACCGUCACCGGUGAAAUCGCAGAGGGAAGGGAACAUGAAAAGGAAUCGUGUGGUGAAUUCCCAUCCGCCCAAACAAGAUGUACUAGAUUGUGCCGAAGUGGGUCAGUACCUGAUUGCGACGGGAAGUAAGGACAAGGUGUCGGCAAUGCAAGCAAACGUUCUUGAGGUCAGAUCGGCGCUCAGUGCUCCGUCUCCUGUGGCCAUACCGAACGCGAAUCAGUGUCCCUCGAACGUUCUCCUGACUCCUCUAGUACCUACCGGCGAGUAUGUACCGUCCUAUGACACGAAGGAGCAAAUAAAAUAUUCACUCGUCGGCGAGCCGGGCACUAGGUGCCAAUCUCCUUUGCCUCUCUUCCGCGGGAGCCGUGUCGACGACCAGGUGCGGGAAGCAACGAUGUUCUUCAGUAACCUCCUCGCAGCUCGGCAACACGAGUGUGCCGAUCAGGAAAUGGGGCCGCUUCAUGGCGGCUCUGGUGCGCCGUAUCAGCUGCCAGCGUUUUAUGACAUCUUGAGCCGAACCAUCGGUACCUCCCGUAGUCGCGAGGCCGGCCAAGAAUCGAGGGAAGCGGGUGGUUAUCUUCCUCUAAUUUCACCAGUUCAUGCCGGUGCAACCUCCUCUGGGCGCCUGUUUAGAGGUGUGCGCCACAGUAGUGCUCGGUUGAGGUCAAAUACGCCACUCGGCAAUGACUUUUGUGUUGGUGGAGUAUGCGGACUGAUGGGUAGAAGACUGAUAGGUGUGCCCGUGCAUGACCGCAGGCUUAACGCGCAUUUGAUGUCAUCGUGGGAAAAGGGCGUUAAGGCAAGGUUACCCGCGAGAAAGGCGUUCAAGGCCAUAAAGUCCUCAUGUUGGUGGCGGCUGGCGGGCUCACGUGAAGGAUUGUUGCUGGCUGCGCGGCUCGUCAACCUCGAUGCUGAUGUUUACGAAAGUUUGCUGACACGCUGGGUGGAUGGAAUCCGCCACUCCUAUACCCGGUUUGUGACCGUGAAUGUUGAUGCUUUUGUCUCAGAGGACAUUGGCCAAAAUUUAAUUACUGGGCCAAGGGGGAGAAAGUUGGGACCUGUAUUGCCCUUUAGUGGUUCUGAGGCGGUGAUGAACUCGUUGUUCCCAGGUGACGUCGAAUUGAGUGAUAUGUUGGGUGUGGCUCGACAACUAGGUUAUUUGCAAAUGGGAGGGGCCCUUUGCGAAGAUGAUGUGGCGCGAGUGUUGCAAUGUGACACAAGAACUAUCCAACGGGAGCUGCGUCGGCUCAUGCUCCAGCGAAGUGGAGGGACCGUGCAGCCACUCGGUGUAUUACCCAUAUUUGAAGGGAAGGGAUGCCGUUUAUACGAACCUAAUACCGCUAUCAGACAGAUUUCGAGGGCAAUUCUGCGUGCGAGACGGAGGGCUGCAGCGGAGGAGGCCAAGAAGAAGGGCAGGAAAAUUAGAUUCAGCCUGCUUCCGGACGUUACGACGUGCUCUAGGGUUCUGCAGCGCCGUCUUCAAAAGAUCGCCGCCAGCAGGCCAGGGGAUGUUCAGGCUCUACUUGAGCAACUGGGGGUGCUUGCCGACGCCGUUAAUAGCGGAGGAUUAGAGAGUAUAAAAAGCUGCCCCGAAGUGUUGAGUCGUCUCCAGGAAAUUAUUGCGGACAUGCCCCCCGAUGUGCAAGCUUCACUUCAGCAGCUGGGGUUCCUCACUGACGAUAGCGGUAGGAUUUCGGUGAGUUCUGACGGGCGGCCUCGUGUUUCCCGGGGCCGUUCCAGGAAGGCAGCAAACGUUGUGCCUAGCAACGUUCACAAAUUUUUGAAGAAGCUGGACAAUAUUUCUCGAACUAUCACUGGUGGUGGCCCCCCGGAGUCGGAUGGCUCCGCUGAACUUCUGCAGCGCGGUCUUCAAGAGAUCGCCGCCAGCAGGCCAGGGGAUGUUCAGGCUCUACUUGAGCAACUGGGGGUGCUUGCCGACGCCGUUAAUAGCGGAGGAUUAGAGAGUAUAAAAAGCUGCCCCGAAGCGUUGAGUCGUCUCCAGGAGAUUGCUGCCAGCAUGCCUCCCGACGUACGAGCUUCACUUCAGCAGCUGGGGUUCCUUCCAGAUGGUGACGGCGUAAUUGGCGUUGAAAAUUUGUGUGAAGUGGCGAAAAGACAGCAGGAACUAAGUUCUGGUGCUCCUCACCCGUCGGAGGGAAUGCGGGGUGCGACAACUGAGGGGUUGAAGAGUCCAACAGAAGGCGCCUCGUUCAGUGUAUCUGCACGCCGCAAAAUUCGAAGGAGGACACCAAAAGUAGUGAAAAUGGCAGCAGCAGACGAGAAGGGACCUAUUGUACACAACGUGCCUCCAUCUUCUGUGAAGGACCAAGGCGAAGGUCCCGCUGCCAGGGAUAAAUCGGCACUCUCCGCCUCCUCUCCGUUAGGUGACGAAGCAACUGCCUGGCCCGGAAACCACGCGGCAUUCGCCGUCGAUGAGUCGGAGGCCGAUGCAAAAGACCAGAGUUGGGAAGAUACCGCAUUUGGGACCAAAAAGGGGCUGUUGAAGAAGAGACGACGGUUGAGAAGUAAGACGUCCAGCGAGCUCGAGACCCUCACCGAUGACGAUGCAGAGAGGGCACUCUUUGCGGACAAGCAUGCCAGUUUCGGCAAGCGGUCGUCCCCUGGAAGGUUUAGAGGGCGUACAUCGCCCAUGGGGGUUUUGGGAAUUGAAAGUUUUCCAACUAGUGGAGAUGCUGAUGAUCCAUUAUCGGGCUUCGUUGCAUCUCAGCUGAAGGAAAGCUAUUCGGGGCCUCAGGAGGGUGAAGAAACAGACGAUUACGAGUAUACUCCGCGCGAGAGGAGCAGGAUGAAUCGAUCAAGAGCACAGCCUGUGUUUUCUGAAUGGGACACCGAACAACUACCCCCACAGUUGCCUUCUGGUGCCAAGGAUCCCAGGCUCUUAUCGCAGACGGCGAGCAUAUUGGUGUUUCCUAACAGCGGGAGGAGAGGAAGCAGAGCAGCAUCCGUUGCGUCGCGAACGGCAUGUAGUGAUACUGAAAGUGUUCGAGGCGUGGAGGACCCGUGGGAGCUCAGCAGCAUGUUCAGCAACGAUGAUAAUGAACUUGCGCUGUUUCUCGCAACAUUCCCUGAUGAGGAACGCCACGUACAAUUGCGUCGGGAGGCGCACCGUGUCUUGGAUGACAUCAAUGCCGGAAGCAAAGUUCUGGAGGAGUACGCGAUAAAAUUGAAGGUGCGGCCCUCGAGCAUGGGCCCGUCUGCCGGAGCCGGAGGUGGAAUGCAGCCGUGCGAGCAAGAGUGGACUGAACGGGACGAGCAGAUGGAGAAGCGUAUGCUUGAGUGCAGAGUGGACAUUCAGAGCAUGGUGGAGCGCUUCAAGGCAGAGGCGCAGGAGGAGUAUGCCGACCUCUGGCGUACGCUUCAGGAGCUUCGGAAACGAGUGGAGGUCCAAGAAGCUUUGCUUGAGGAGACCAAGUUGGAUAUAAACCGUCUUUCGUAUCCUAUGGAGGGUGAAGACACUGAUGCCUUCGCACUGAGGCUGACGCGCGAGGUGAAUGCAUUUGCCGAACAAAACAAACUGGACCCGCAGCAGCUGAAAGAUUUGACAACCGCGAAGCAGGACCGUGAAGCCGCCGUGCGCAGCUUUCUAGAAAGCUUUGCGCGAACGCGCGGCCGACGGGGAGGUGUAAGUGUUGGGUGCCAAUGCACACCAAAAGAUCUGGGGUACAUCGACACGGAAGUACUAGAACUUAACAAACAAAUGGAGGAUCUACAAUACCAUGCACGUGGCCUGCUUAAUUCGAUUAAGCUUGUUGUUAUAUCUAUGGGGAAUGUACUAAGUUUCCACUCCGCACUUGAGCUGGAGUCGACAUGCAAGCGUUGCUUUUGUAUCUUCGAGGAACCCCGGACCUUAUGGCCCUGUGGACAUUCGUUUUGCUUGCAUUGCCUUACGCAGAUGAUCUCCAAGGGAGGCGAACUUAUAUGCGAUGAAUGUGGGACGCUCUGCCUGGUUGGUUACACACCGAACUUUGCCAUUGAAAUGGUGGCCGGCUACCAACUUAUGUGGAUCAACUCCGCUGAGGACGAUGUGAGCGAGGAUUCCUUGUGUAGUUCACCUUCCCCCAAAAGCAGCCUCACGAGCAGUAACAGUAAAGGCAGUAAACCCUCAUCUCAUGCAGGGCAAAAGCGUCGUACAGUUGAGAAGGUGCUGGCGGGUCUGCUAAAGGACCUUCUUAGUACACAGGGCUCAGGCAAAGCCACAAGGAAGACAGAGCGGAAGUCAAAGAAGCCCUCCAAGUCAACCUCUGGCGAGUUACCUCUACCGCCGUUGAAAGGGGGCCUUCCACCGUCGGCGGCAACUAAGGUUCAGUGUGCUUGA